CAUGGUCCAUUCCUGGAUUCUCCAAGCACUGACUCUCCAUCCACUCUGACCACAGCCAGGGGCCACAUCCCACUGCCUGCCCAGCGUCCAUCCAUGGAGGUGACCACCGUGUUCUCAUCUCCUGCCUCACCCACUGAAGGAGACAAUCUGUGUGAGACUGAUGUCACCAGCAUGGCCAUACACAGUGUGACACUGCUCAUUUGCCUCUGUGGGCUGGCUGGGAAUGGGGCUGUGCUCUGCCUCCUUGGCUUUCGCUGUUUGUACAGGAACAGCACCACUCUUUACAUCCACAUCCGGACUUUUUUUGACUUCCUCUUCCUCCUCCUUCUGUUGCCCUCCACUCUGUUCUUCCUGCUGGAGAAUGUGUCCUGCUCUAUCAUCAUGCCCUUGGGCUAUGUGGGAUUCCUUUUCAGGGUGUCACUGCUGUCAUACAGCUUCUGGCUGUACACGCUGACAAUCAUCAGCAUCAAUAGGUGCAGGUCCAUCCACUGCCCGCUCUGGCUCUGCUGCCACCGUCCCCAGCACCUGUCAUGGGUGGUCCUUGCCCUGCUCGGGGCCUUCUUCCUCACUCUCAUCACUAUCUUUGCCGUGAUGCUUUCUCUGUGCAUGUUCCAGCUAUCUGAGCACUGCUGGGUGUCUCUCGUCUCCAUGUACACCUUCAACCUCCUCCUCUCUGCUCCCUUCAUGCUCAUUUCCAGCAUAAUCCUCUUCAUUAAGGUCAAGCCUGGCUCCCAUCAGCAGCAGCCCAAGAGAUUUGACAUUGUUAUCUGCCUCAUUGUGCUCUUCACUCUGCCCCGCAGUCUCUGCAAUUUCCUGCAGGAGCUCGGCUACACCAUUAUGCCCUCCCAGGCUGUUUUCCUGCUCGCCUGCAUCAGCAGCAGCAUCAACCCCUUCAUCUACUUCUUGGUGGGGAGGUGCUGGAGGCCCUGCUCCAUGGGGUCCCUACGGCUCUCCCUCAGGAGGAUCUUUGAGGAGCCAGAAGAAAACAUUGCCCACAGGGAUGAUCCUGCCAUGGACACAGUGCUCUGAGCCUGCUGAUCCCUUCCACUGCACUGCUGAGAGACCCUGGGACAGUGGCUGAGAGAUUCCUUGAGUCUCCUGAUCAAUAAAUCCCCACAGGGUCACCCUCCCUGUGCUGGUGCAUCCCCAGCCCCUUUCCAGCCCGCUCUGGGCUCUGAUCCGUGCUUGGGAGGCCUCAGCCUUGAGGAGCAGCCCCUGGGCUCAGCUCCUGCGGCGCUGAUCAGAAACACCCUCUGCUCCCAGGAGCUGCUGCUGUCCAACCACCUCCUGGGGUUUUAUCCACAGCCUUGGAAAUGACUGUGCUCCCCCAAGUGCCACAGCAUCCCUGCUCUCCCACUGUCACAGCCACGGGAUGGGAUGGGAUGGGAUGGGAUGGGAUGGGAUGGGAUGGGAUGGGAUGGGAUGGGAUGGGAUGGGAUGGGAUGGGAUGGGGAGAGGUGUGGAGAUUAAAACUGGGAGUGAUACCAAAAUCAGCUGCAAUAAACUUUCCAACACAAUGGGAAGCAUUAGGAAGCAGGAAUUCUUUGCCUCCAAAUGACACACAGAAGGAUCUCUCCAUAUUUCUGUUUGGGUGAGAAUUUAGGACUUUACAACAAGGUUUUUACCCAUCAUAACCACACAGAGACAUUAAAGUGUCUUUCUUAUCUAAUACAUAAACAUCACUUUCCUCAGACUCAUUUCCAGGCAUCCACCUUCUCCAAGUCCUUUCCUGAUCCUAGAGGUUCAUUCAGAGGGAUCUCUGGUGGUCAGUAGUCACUGAGUGCUGAGAUAUUAAAGGUGAACUUGCCUUGAA